UCGCAAUUACAAUACCUACUCCCUAGAACGAGAAAUAAAUUUUUAUCUUUAUGAAUUUUAAACCUACCUUUUUUCUAAAAUGAGUUCUCUGUUCUCACAAAAAUAACCCGAGUGCAAAAUAAUGUAAGAAAAAUUCGUAACCUUCUGCUGUCCCCUAACAAAAUAUAUUGAAAAUGACGACCAAGGAGCUAUACACCAAGGAUGCGCGGAUCUGGGUGGAGCACCCGGUGGAGGUGUGGGAGAGUGCCACCGUCACCAGCGAUUAUCGCUCCGGAGUCCUCAUUGUCAAACUCGACCGAAGUGGCGAAAUACGUCAAAUUAAAAUCACAGAUGAGAGUCAGAUGCCCCCGCUGCGGAACCCGUCGCUUCUCAUCGGCCAGAACGACCUCACGUCUCUAUCCUAUCUCCACGAACCUGCUGUAUUACACAACCUGAGAGUAAGAUUUUGUGACCGCAAUGCCAUCUACACGUACUGUGGUAUUGUGCUGGUUGCCAUCAACCCUUACUACGACUUGCCGAUAUACGGCGACGAGACAAUCAUGGCGUACCGAGGACAGUCCAUGGGAGAUUUAGAUCCGCACAUCUUCGCCGUCUCGGAGGAGGCCUACACUAAGCUCGAACGAGAAGGACGAGAUCAGAGUAUUAUAGUGAGUGGCGAGUCCGGUGCGGGUAAGACUGUAUCGGCCAAGUACGCGAUGCGAUACUUCGCCGCGGUGGGGGGAAACGCCAGCGAGACGCAGGUCGAACGGAAGGUGUUAGCCAGCAGUCCUAUUAUGGAGGCCAUAGGCAACGCGAAGACGACGCGCAACGACAACUCAUCACGUUUCGGCAAGUUCAUAGAGAUCCACUUCGACCAUCAGUACCGGAUAUCCGGGGCCAGUAUGCGCACCUACCUGCUGGAGAAGUCCAGGGUGGUCUACCAGAGUGCCGGCGAGAGGAACUACCACGUCUUCUACCAGCUCUGCGCCGCCGCGCAUAUGAUGCCCGAGCUUAAGUUAGAUCAUCAGGACUCCUUCCACUAUCUGAACCAGGGCGGCAGUCCAGAUAUAGACGGCGUCGAUGAUCUUAAAGCAUUCCACGAGACCAAGAACGCUCUCACAACAUUAGGAGUGUCAGAGAUAGAGCAGCAGAACAUGUUGACGGUGCUGGCGGCGAUCCUGCACCUCGGUAACGUCGACCUCACCACAGACCCGGACGACCACACGGGGAACAACGACGGCGCAUACAUUGAUAGUCAAGAUAGACACCUGACGAUCAUAUGCGCACUGCUUGGAAUAUCGCGGCCCGAACUAUCACGAUGGCUGACGCACCGCCGGAUUGCGUCUGCGCACGAGGUGAUAGUAUCCCGCAUGGACGUGCAGCGCGCGGCGUUCGGCCGCGACGCGCUCGCCAAGCGGCUGUACGGCGAACUGUUCUCGUGGCUCGUGCAGGCUGUUAACAGAGCCUUGGAUACGGGACACGCUAAGUCACAUUUCAUUGGCGUGCUGGAUAUAUACGGGUUUGAGACGUUUGAGAUCAACUCGUUCGAGCAGUUCUGCAUCAACUACGCCAACGAGAAGCUGCAGCAGCAGUUUAACUCGCACGUCUUUAAGCUAGAGCAGGACGAGUAUAUCAAGGAGGAAAUAUCGUGGAAAAUGAUUGAUUUCUACGACAACCAGCCGUGUAUUGAUCUCAUAGAGGAUCGGUUAGGUGUGCUAGCUCUACUGGACGAGGAAUGCAGGGUACCGCAGGGCUCCGACAGAGGGUUCGUCACGAAGCUACAUCAGAAGUGUUCGCAGUACCCACACUUCCUCAAACCGAGGUUUGGUGAUGCCGCAUUCAUAAUAAAACACUUCGCUGACAACGUGGAGUACCAAUGUGGCGGGUUCCUCGAGAAGAACCGUGAUACAGUGUUGGAGGAGCAGCUUGAGUGCGUGCGACAGUCUACAGUGCGGCUCGUAAGGGUUAUGUUGGCGGACGCGAGCGCGGACGCAACUGCGGGCACGCACGCCACGUUGCCGCCACCGUCGCGUCGCCGUACCACGCCAUCUGUGCCCGUCGCUAGUCUUACGCAACCGCCCCGCCGAGCGUCCGGUCAGAAGCAGACGGUCGGCGCUCAGUUCCGCCAAUCGCUAUCGGCGCUGAUGUGCACGCUGUCGGCGACCACGCCGCACUACGUCCGCUGCAUCAAGCCCAACGACACUAAACAGGCGUUCCAGUUCGAUGCUGCUCGCGCCGUCAAUCAGCUGCGAGCGUGCGGUGUGUUGGAAACCAUUCGUAUAUCAUCAGCAGGAUUUCCGUCAAGAUGGCUGUAUCAAGAUUUCUUCAGCAGGUACCGACUUCUUUGCCUCUUCAAGGAGAUAGACCGGGCGGACAUAAAGGCGACUUGCUCCAGAAUACUCAAUCGACACAUCAAAGAGCCGGACAAAUAUCAGUUCGGUGCGACGAAGAUAUUUUUCAGAGCUGGACAGGUUGCGUACCUAGAGAAAAUCCGUGCGGACGUCCAGCGUCUGUAUUGCGUGCGCGUUCAGAGCUGCGUGCGCGGGUUUCUCGCGCGCCGCCGCUACCGCCGCCUGGUGGCCGCGCUGCACGGGAUACAGGCGCGCGCGAGAGCUUUCCUCGUCCGCAGGAAAGUGCAAGAGAUCCGUCGCAACCGUGCCGCGGUUAAGAUCCAAAAGAACGUGCGCGGCUGGCUCGCGCGGACCAAGUAUCAGCGACUGCGGCGACUGGCGAUCGGCCUACAGGCGCACGCGAGAGGGUACCUCGCACGGAAACUGUACAAGGAUAAAAGGAUGCUCAAAGCGACGAUCACAAUACAACGAUACGCGCGUGGCUACCUUGCCAGGAAGAAAGCGAAGAAGAUGAGACGCCAGAUAAUUAUUGCGCAAUCUGCAAUUCGUCGUUUCCUCGCCCGUCGUCUCUACAAGCGCCUGCGCAUCGAAGCCCGCAGUCUUGAUCAUGUGAAGAGCCUCAACAAGGGUCUGGAGAACAAGAUCAUCAGCCUGCAGCAGCGGCUUGGAGACGCGCUAGAGAAGGCCAGGGGUGUUGAACCAUUGCAGGCGCAGAUUGUUGAGCUCAGGGCGAAACUGGAAAUGCACAAAGCGGUAGAAAUAGAGGCUAAGGCGCUCAAGGAGAGCAUAAACAGCAAAGAGAACCUCCUCACUAAACUACAAGCGGAACUGGCGGAGGAGAAAGAGAAGAAUAAGAGAGUGUUAACGGAGAAGAAAGAAUUGGAAGAGAAGUAUAAACGAGACAAGGAGGCGCUGGCUUCCGAGAGCGAGAAGUUAGCGAACGAACUGAGAAGCAAUAAGGAGCAUUAUGAACUGGCUUUGGAAGAAAGGGACAAACAGCACGAAGCAGAGAAGAAGGCGUUAUGUCUAGAACUAGAGGCGGAGAGACAGAGCCGACAGAAACUGCUCUCUUCGCAGUACGAGCUGCAGGAACGACUUGAUACUAUACAAAGAGCUCCUGCACCAAAAGAACAUCGACGCUCCCUGUCCGAUGCUAGCACAAACUCACAACAAGAGAACACUGUUGAAGAUGACUUCGGGUAUGGAUCCGUCCGUUCUGUGGAGACUACGAGGCCCGCGCUAGAGGCAGUCAACUGGUCCGCCGGCACACACAAUGGACCGACACCGAUGGCGGACGCUGGUCUGGUGCUACGUAUGCAGAACAGAAUCUCCGUGUUGCAGGGAGAGCUCUCCAGAACUGCUAAGAGAGCCGCCGAUCUCGAAGAUAGACUUACAAACCGUCUGAUGUCACCGCCGUCGAAUCCCGACACGGACAGGUUCAAGGUGGAGGAGCUGGAGAUUGAGAACAAGAAGCUCCGAGAGCAUCUGAACAGGCUGCGGGCGGCCGGCGAUGGCAACCAGGUCUCUAAAGAGAUUCUAGACACGUUGAGCGCUAUGCAGAAGGAGUUGGACAGGCGGCGCGAUGAAUGUAUACAGCUGAAGAGCGUUCUCACACAUCAGCAGAAACCAUGGUUCCAAGCAUUGAAAAGUGUUACGGUGAAUCUGAAGUCGCUUGCGUCCAACUACGGCUCUGACGUGGACAUCAUCAACGAAGAUGGCGAGCUGGCUACCGCGUAUGAAGCCCAGAAGGGAAUCAACAGAGCACUACAAGAAGAACUGGUUAACGAGAAGAAAUAUUUCGCGGAGCACCUCGCAUCCGCCAAGGCGGAGAUUGAGAAGCUGAAAGAAGACAAUGAGAAGUAUCAGAAGUUAUUGAGCGUAGAUCUCAGCCAAGAGCCCAAGAACAAGAGUCAGGAGUACGCACAAAAUGAGAUCAUACGACUGGCCUCCGAGAGCCUUGCUAUUCAGGAGCGCGUGGACAAGCUGUCGGAGAGCUGCCGGCGGUACAAGAACCAGAUCCGACUGCUCGUGUGCAAGCUGAAGGAAGCGGGCAUUGAUGACGUCACAGACAUACUCGAGGGAAAUGAUACGAUAAUAUCUCAAAACAUCUCGACGGUGGAUCUGGCGCCGGUGAUGAGAAAGAAAGAGAGAGAGUAUCUCGGCAUGUUCGAGUACAAGCUGCAGGACGAGGGCGUCAUCAUCAAGAAGUUGAUCACUGACCUGAAGCCUCGCACGGCUAUCACCCUACUGCCCGGUCUUCCGGCUUACAUCCUGUUCAUGAUGCUGCGGCACACGGACCACGUGGACGACGAGCCCAAGAUGCACCACCUCAUGAAGGCCAUCCGACUCGCUGUCAAGAAAACGCUGAAGAAGAGAGUUGACAGUGUGGAGUAUAGCGCCAUGUGGCUCUCUAAUAUGUUAAGGCUACUAAACAACCUGCGUCAGUACAGCGGCGACGCGAUCUACCAGGCGGCCAACACGCCGCGCCAGAACCAGCAGAGCCUGCGGAUAUUCGACCUCUCCGAGUACCGACAGCUGCUCAGCGACAUCGCGAUAUGGAUCUACCAAGGUCUAAUAAACCUCCUGGAGCACCAGCUCGAGCGGCUCAUCGUGGCGGCCAUUUUGGAGUACGAGGAGAUCAGUGGGCUGUCCGGUCCGCGCGCGCCCGCGCCGCAGCCCUCCGCCGGCCCCGCGCGCCUCAAACACGAGCUCGCGGCCGCGCACGAGCAGUUGAGGCUGCACGCUGUCGACCCACCGCUCCGGGUCAUGAUAUUCAAGCAGUUAUUCUACUACAUCUGCGCGUACAGUCUCAACCACCUGCUACUACGUAAGGACCUGUGCUGCUGGGCGAAGGGUCUACAGAUACGAUACAACAUUUCACAUUUGGAGACGUGGAUCAAGGAACAUCUGGCAGAGUACGGACAGACAAGUGUGGAGGAGACGCUAGGUGUGCUGAAACCGAUAACGCAGGCGGUGCACCUGCUGCAGGCGCGUAAGUCGAUGGCCGACGUCGCCAGCACAGUCGACAUGUGCGCCGAUCUGUCCGCCAUGCAAGUGUGCAAGAUACUGAACAUGUACACGCCGGCAGAGGAGUACGAGGUGAAGGUGACGCGGGAGUUCAUACACGAGAUACAGAAGCUGAUGCACGAGCGCGCCGGACCCAACGCCAGCAAGGAGCCCCAAAACCUGCUGAUGGACACGAAGAUGAUCUACUCGGUGCAGUUCCAGUACAGCCCCUCCGCCAUCCGCCUGGAGGACAUCGAGGUGCCAGAAGUUCUGGAACUGGACGGACUACUCACCAAGAUAUAAACAUUCUCUUUCAAGAUGGACCUGUGGGAGCACCAAAACGUUCAAGAUGAUAUUCACCAAGGUUUACUUCAAAGUUAUUUAAAAACUUCAAAAUUCCAAUGGUAUUUAUUUAGUGAAGUUGAAAUAUCCAAUUGCCAUAAUAUAUCAACGAAUUAUUUUAGCUUAAUAUAUUUUGUACUUAAGCAUUCCUAUUUUUAUUAAGUGUGUAACACUAAGUUUUUAUAGUUUAAUCGAUAACGAGUAUACAAUAAUGUUAUUUUUAUUUAUUAUGAUA